AUGUCUACAAACGCCCGUCCCUUCCGCAUAGCCGUGGCCGGAGGAGGGAUAGGGGGGCUCUUUACCGCAAUCUCCCUCCAUCACCACUGCACCUCCAACCCCACCACCCGCCCCAUCGAAAUCUCCGUCUAUGAACAAGCCUCUCAAUACAAAGAAAUCGGCGCCGGGGUCGGGUUAGGAAUCAACGCUGCCCGGCUGGUACACAAGCUAGGCUUCGGCGACCAGUUGAAUGCGAUCGCGGGACACAGGACAGGCGUCUGGAUCUCCUUUCGCAGAUUCGAUAAUAGCGAGGAAGUGGUCACGGUGCCGGUGAAUGAUGAUACGAAAGUCCGGCAGGCGCCGUGUGCGCGGACAGAUUUGUUGGAUUUGUUGAAGAGUGUGGUAGAGGAGAGAGGGGCUGCUAAACUGUACACGAAAAAAGCUGUAUCUGGAGUCGAAGAUCAAGGUGAGACAGUGAAGGUGCGCUUCGCGGACGGGACGGACACGGAGGUAGAGAUGCUCGUUGGGUGCGAUGGAAUACACUCGACAGUCAGAGGGCAGUUCGUCGUGGACCGGCCGAUUUUCAGCGGACAGAUUGCGUACCGAGGACUAGUACCUAUCAAAGAUAUCAAAGAGUGGCCGUUCCCGAGUUAUAGCGUCUGCUGGGUAGCGAAGCAUCGGCAUUAUCUGGUCUUUCCUAUUAGAAGGAACGAGACGCUGAACAUUGUGGCUUUUGUGACUAAGGGGAAGGAUAGUCCUGAUGUCAAGGAUGUCAAGGAGAGUUGGGCGAGUGUGUGUGAUAAGGCCGAUGUUGAGAAGGACUUCGAGGGCUUCGACGGCCAUGUGAGGAGUUUGAUCGAUGCGAUGCCGCAGAAUCCGAGCAAAUGGAGUAUUAACGAUCGAGAGCCCUUGGACCGGUGGCAUUACAUGGGUGGUAAGGUGGUGUUGCUUGGUGAUGCAGCGCAUGCCAUGCUGCCACAUUUAGGCGCAGGAGCAGGCCAGAGUCUGGAGGACGGAUGGGUGCUAGGCAAAGCGCUGGGCGACUACCUCAAGACCGACAAGUCUAGCAGCUGCCAUUUCCAGUCUCUCGAAUCAACAGCGGCGUUAUACCAAGCGGUCCGGCUUCCUCGAGCUCAGAAGACGCAAGCAACCAGUCGAGCAGCCGGAGACACAUACGAAAUGCAAGCGCCCGACAUGAUCGACAGAAGCUUCGAGGACUGCUGUGACUUGAUCGCUGAGCGGACAAGAGAAAGAAUGAAAUGGGUUUGGGAGGAAGACUUGGAUGCAGCGUAUGAGAAGGUGAGAGAUGAGGGAGUUCAAGCUGAGCAGGGGCCGAAUGGCCAGAAGGGAGAGGAGAAGGCGCAGGUGAUGACGAACGGGACUGCGGUGCAGGCUCCCUGA